AUGUCUGGCAAGCGUCUUUUUGCUCUUUGUAGAGGUAGUGUAAGUGUGCGUGGCCGUGGUAAAGAUGAUGGUAAGGGUGGUGUAAAGAUUAGAAGUUGUAGUGAUUAUGAUGUUAGAGGUGAUGUGAGGGUUAGUGGUCGUAGUGAUGAUGAUGGUAGAGGUGGUGUGAGGGUUGGUGGUCAUAGUGGUGGUGAUGGUAGAGGUGGUGUUAGGGUUGGUGGUCGUAGUAAAGAUAAUGGUAGAGGUGGUGUGAGGGUUGGUGGUCAUAGUGAUGAUGAUGGUGGAGGUGGUGUGAGGGUUGGUGGUCGUAGUGAUGAUGAUGGUAGAGGUGGUGUGAGGGUUGGUGGUCAUAGUGAUGAUGAUGGUAGAGGUGGUGUGAGGGUUUGUGGUCAUAGUGAUGAUGAUGGUAGAGGUGGUGUGAGGGUUGGUGGUCAUAGUGAUGAAGAUGGUAGAGGUGGUGUUAGGGUUGGUGGUCGUAGUAAAGAUGAUGGUAGAGGUGGUGUGAGGGUUGGUGGUCAUAGUGAUGAUGAUGGUAGAGGUGGUGUGAGGGUUGGUGGUCAUAGUGAUGAUGAUGGUAGAGGUGGUGUGAGGGUUGGUGGUCAUAGUAAAGAUGAUGGUAGAGGUGGUGUGAGGGUUGGUGGUUGUAGUGAUGAUGAUGGUAGAGGUGGUGUGAGGGUUGGUGGUCGUAGUAAAGAUGAUGGUAGAGGUGGUGUUAGGGUUGGUGGUCAUAGUGAUGAUGAUGGUAGAGGUGGUGUGAGGGUUGGUGGUCAUAGUGAUGAUGAUGGUAGAGGUGGUGUGAGGGUUGGUGGUCAUAGUGAUGAUGAUGGUAGAGGUGGUGUGAGGGUUUGUGGUCAUAGUGAUGAUGAUGGUAGAGGUGGUGUGAGGGUUGGUGGUCAUAGUGAUGAAGAUGGUAGAGGUGGUGUUAGGGUUGGUGGUCGUAGUAAAGAUGAUGGUAGAGGUGGUGUGAGGGUUGGUGGUCAUAGUGAUGAUGAUGGUAGAGGUGGUGUGAGGGUUGGUGGUCAUAGUGAUGAUGAUGGUAGAGGUGGUGUGAGGGUUGGUGGUCAUAGUGAUGAUGAUGGUAGAGGUGGUGUGAGGGUUGGUGGUCUCAGUGAUGAUGAUGGUAGAGGUGGUGUGAGGGUUGGUGGUCAUAGUGAUGAUGAUGGUAGAGGUGAUGUGAGGGUUAGUGGUCGUAGUGAUGAUGAUGGUAGAGGUGGUUUUUGGGUUGGUGGUCUCAGUGAUGAUGAUGUUAGAGGUGAUGUGAGGGUUGGUGGUUGUAGUGAUGAUGAUGUUAGAGGUGAUGUGAGGGUUAGUGGUCGUAGUGAUGAUGAUGGUAGAGGUGGUGUGAGGGUUGGUGGUCAUAGUGGUGGUGAUGGUAGAGGUGGUGUUAGGGUUGGUGGUCGUAGUAAAGAUGAUGGUAGAGGUGGUGUGAGGGUUGGUGGUCAUAGUGAUGAUGAUGGUAGAGGUGAUGUGAGGGUUAGUGGUCGUAGUGAUGAUGAUGGUAGAGGUGGUUUUUGGGUUGGUGGUCUCAGUGAUGAUGAUGUUAGAGGUGAUGUGAGGGUUGGUGGUUGUAGUGAUGAUGAUGGUAAAGGUGGUGUGAGGGUUGGUGGUCUCAGUGAUGAUGAUGAUAGAGGUGGUGUGAGGGUUGGUGGUCAUAGUGAUGAUGAUGGUAGAGGUGGUGUGAGGGUUUGUGGUCGUAGUGAUGAUGAUGGUAGAGGUGGUGUGAGGGUUUGUGGUCGUAGUGAUGAUGAUGGUAGAGGUGGUGUGAGGGUUGGUGGUCUCAGUGAUGAUGAUGGUAGAGGUAAUGUGAGGGUUGGUGGUUGUAGUGAUGAUGAUGGUAAAGGUGGUGUGAGGGUUGGGGCCGUAGUGAUGAUGAUGGUAGAGGUGGUGUGA